AUGAUGGGAAGUAAAGAUAAAGUUGCAUAUAUGGUAGGUAUUGGAAAUCAAUUUAAUUUAAAUCAAACAUUAAAUGAAAGGGGAAUUGAUAUUAGUUUAACAUUUAAAUUAAAUUCAUAUGGAUUAGUUGAUAUUUCUAAAAGUGAAAUGAAAUACACUGCAUGGACUAAUUGUACUGAAAAGAAAUAUAAAGUUAUUAAUGUUACAGAAGAAGUAAAUGAAACAGAAAAUAAUUCAACAGAAAAUAUACCAAAAACAGAAAAGGAAAGUAUUAAAGAAGAAAUUGAAAUUGAAGAAGAAAUUAUUGAAAAUGGUAAAGAACAAAUAAAUGAAGAAAACAUUGAAAUUAAAGAAGAAGAAAUUAAUAAUAAUGAAACAGAAAAUCAUAAUGAAACAAAGAAAACAAAAAUAACACCAAAAGUUGAAUGGGAAGAACAUAUUUUUGAAUGUGCUAAGAAUGAAACAAGUAGAUUUAAUUUCUUUAUAUUAUAUCAUCCAUUAAUUAGUUUUAUGAGUAGAAAUUAUCAACGAUCAAAAGAAAUAUUAAAAUGGUUUGAUGAUAUUGAUGAAUCAUUUAAACAAAUUGGUGAAAUGAUUAAUAACUUUGAAUCAACUUUAUAUGCAUUAAAAAAAGAAGUUAUUGAAAAUGAAAGUCUUGAAAAAGAAAAGAAAGAAGAAUUUUUAAAGAAAAUAAAUGAACAACAAGAAUUUUUAGAAUUUAAUACUAUUGAUGAUAUUGAAUUAGAUGAAUUCACUAAAAGAGCAGAAGUUAUUAAAUCUAUUACUGAAUUCCUUCAUCCUGAACUAUAUGAAAAAGUUAAAGAUAAACAACUUAAUGAAACUGUAAUAAACAUGACUGAAUUAAAUAAAACUGAAAAUAGUUCAAUAAAAGUUGAACUUUAA